GUGACCACUAUUGGAACUUGUAACUCCUUCGCAUUCGUUUCUUCUACCAUAAACUCAGUUACUCAAAAGUACAGAGAAAAAUGGAAGACGCCAAGGCGGCGACUAUGGCGCAGCAGCAGCAGUUCCUUCUCUUGCAGCAGCUUCAGCGCCAGAAACAGCAGCAAGACGCCAUUUCUCGAUUCCCAUCCAACAUCGAUGCUCACUUGCGCCCUCCUCAGCACCAUCUCCUUCACCAUCGUCCCCCUACUUCUCAUCAGCCUCAACAUCAACACUCUCCAUCUCAAAUCCCUAAUUCUAAUUCGAUCCCAAAUCCGCCCCACCCACAAAACCCUAAUUCUUCUACCCCUACUAAUAGUAGUGCCCAAACUCCCCAGCAACAGCAGCACAAGGCCUCUUUGCAGCUGGCUUACCACGACGCCUGGCGGGUUUGUCAUCCAGACUUCAAGAGCCCUUUCUCUUCCCUUGAAGAUGCCUGCGAAAGGCUAUUACCUUACCAUGUGGUGGCAGACUAUGAAGCAGAGGAGGAUGACAAGAUCCUUGAUUCAGACACGACAGGUCAAAUCCUUUCUCGCUCUCAGCAGUGGGACCACAACAUUGCUGCCAAAGUUGCGGAGUUUACUGCCACAUUUGAGAAGCAAGUCCUUGCAUUUAAUAUAAUUUCCCGCAAGCGUGGCCUUGGGGAGUUCCGGACGGAGGAGAAACUGAUGAUGGAGCAAUUACUGUUGCAAGAGCAGAAACAAGCACUUCUUGAAUUGAGGGCUGAAAUGGGCUCAAGGCAGAAAGCAACUCAAGAAACUCAUGAAGCCAAUAUGCGAAUGGCUGCUCAUGCUGAGAUGAUGGCUCGAGUGCCCCCAAUAAGAGCAAAUGCACUUGGCUCUCAAGGCAUUAAUAUUUCAGUUGGUCAUGAGAUGGGUGAGCAGGAUCAUAAUGCCAACCAUGAUGGGAUGAUGAAUGGAUGGAGUAACAAUGCACACAAGGAUGAUAAGGAGCCGUCUGAUGACUUCUUGAAUGAUGAGGAAACAGAAAAUGGAGAUACCGCCAUGCAUACUGCGUGGCAUGGAACUGGUGACUUAGAUUUGAAUGCUAGAUAGAACCUUACCUUUUUAGGGGAAUUGAAUGCUUGAGUUGAGAUGUUUGAACCUAUGCUGAAUUUGUAGAUUUUUAAGUAUGGAUAGUUGGUCUGCUCUAGAAACACAAAUAUCGAUCAUAUCUUUCACCUUGUGAAAGUUGGAUUUUCAUAAUACUUUAGUUCAUAAAUUUUAAAAAA